UGCUGCUAAGCGCUCCCUGCCCGGCUGCCCUCCUCCCUCCCUGCCUCCCUUCUCCCGGCAGAAGGAGCAGAGGGAGGCGGCGGAGGGAGCCCCGGGGUCUUCCCCGGCUGCCUGCUUCCCUCCUCGGGGCUCCGUCCGUCCGUCCGUCGGGGGCUCCUCCGGGCUCCGUGGCUCCGUCACUGGCGGCCGAUUGUGAGGCGGCGCUUGGGUCACUGAGGAGGAGGAGGAGGAGGAGGCGGCAGGGCUCCACUCGCCGGCCCCGGUCCUUCAGCCUCCGCCGGAGGAGAGGAGAGGAGAGGAGAGGAGGCAGGGGCCCAGGGCGCCUCCGUCCGGGGACGGCGCAGGGGAAGCGACUGCGAGUGAAGUCCGGAAGCCAACGCUUCUUGCUUUCGCAGAGAAGCCGAGAGAGCGCAAACCAAAGGGGAUGUAUCGAUGAUUCAUAUCGAUUGUCGGCAUCCUGGUUUUGUUUUUUGUUUUUAAACUAAAACUGUUAGGAAUCCAAAGAAAUAUAUCCAACGGAAUACAAGGCCUGUUUGCAUCGGAGAGCAAAGGACAGAAGAGGAUCAACGCACUGAAGCAUCACAAAACCGUUGCCGAACUCUCCAAGGCUCUUCCUUUUCUAGACGGUACUUUGCAACCUAUUUAUUGCACAGAGGCUUCCCUGCAAAGGCUGCCUUGACAGAGUCAGGUUGUUGGUAGGGAUCCUUCCUUCCACGAUGAAUCUUCUAUCCUAUGGAUAUCAGUUUUGAGCUAACCGAUGAGGAAGAUAUCUGGAGCCUUUGGGGAAUCGCGCUGGUGUUGUGUGCCAUGGGCUGCAUCCAGAGCAUCAGCUGCAAAUCCAAAGGCUUCCCGGAGAGCAUCUCUGUGACCGAAGUCAAAGCCUCCAUCGACCCCGUGCCUACCAACAUCGACGAAUCGUCCAGCGUGGUGCUGAGAUACCGGACGCCACACUUCCGGGCUUCCGCUCAGGUGCUGGUGCCUCCUUUGCCCAAGAAAGAGACCUGGAUCGUGGGAUGGAUCCAGGCCUGUAGCCACAUGGAGUUCUACAACCACUACGGGGAGCAUGGCAUGUCAAGCUGGGAACUCCCAGAUCUCCUUGAGGGCAAGAUCCAAGCGAUCAGUGAUUCUGACGGGGUAAAUUAUCCCUGGUACGGGAAUACCACGGAAACAUGCACCAUCAUUGGUCCUACCAAGAAAGAGGGCAAGUUUAGUGUCAGCAUGAACGACAACUUCUACCCCAGCGUCACGUGGGCAGUGCCAGUGAGUGACAGCAAUGUGGCCAAGCUCACCAAAAUCCACCGGGACCAGAGUUUCACUACAUGGCUAGUGGCCACCAAUACAGCCACCAGCGAGAUGGUGAUCCUGCAGACAAUCAAGUGGCGAAUGAAACUGGGCAUCGAUGUGUACCCUAACAAACCUUUGGGCCACCGUGCCAAGCUGAAGGAACCCUCCGCUCAGGAGCAGCCUCAGAUCCUCAGCAAGAAUGAGCCAAUACCACCGAGUGCCCUUGUGAAGCCCAAUGCCAACGAUGCCCAAGUCCUCAUGUGGAGGCCUAAGGACGGGCGCCCACUCGUGGUGAUACCUCCAAAGUAUCGGUAACGAAAUCCCUGAGCCCCAGAAGUAGAGGGGUAGGGAUUAGGGGGAAAACCACUUAAUAUUUAAGAAGACAUAUAUUUAAGCAAAAAGAGAUGCACUUUUAAAUUCAUUUGUCAAAAGAAAUAAUAAUAAUGCAACCAUUCUACCUUGACUCAUGAGAACGGAUCUCACUGUGCUAGAGGCUCAAAAGGAAGGACUAGGGAUCUUAUUUGGCAUCGCUGCAUUUCUAAGGGAGUGAAGAAAUACACAUGUACACUCAUUUCCAGCUUUUUCAUGUUUGCUUUUUUCCUUUCCUUUGGUUGUUGUUUGAAGUUCAGUCUCAUUACUUGGAUCACUUGACAGAAAGAAGGAGGGGAGGCAGAAUAAUAUGUUUGUGGUGUUCUCUUUUUUUUAAACGGGAGA